AUGGCCACCCUCUACCUCAAGAAGAUCGACAAAGCCAAUGCGAAAGUCAACUUCACCUCGCCUACUACAAUAGAAUUGGAUCUCCCGACCUCUGAUAACAAGCGCUUCAAGGAAACCCUCAUCCUCUACGCACCAAUCGAUACAGAGAAGUCCAGUUUCCAGAUCAUGGGCACGAAGAUGGAUUUGAACCUAGCGAAGGCGGACGGGACGAGUUGGCCGGUCCUGCGAAAAGAUGAUAAACAUACCGGGGAGAUCAUUCAGACUGGACGGGCGAAGAAGGCUUGA